AUGUCUUCUCCCGGCGAGUAUUAUAAAUCUCUUCCACCUAUAACCAAGGCUUAUGGAACAGCUUGUUUCGUUGCUACCGCAGUUUAUCAACUUGGAUUAUAUAAUCCAUUUUACAUUGCACUGUUAUACGAUCAAGUGUUCUAUCGUUUUCAGGUUUGGAGGCUGUUCACAAACUUUUUUUUCCUCGGUGGAUUCUCCAUCAAUUUUGGCAUACGUCUUUUGAUGAUAUUGAGGUAUGGCGUUCAACUGGAGAAGGGAGUCUUCGACAGAAGAACGGCUGAUUUCUUGUGGAUGAUGAUAUUUGGAGCCUUUGCGCUUUUGGUUUUGUCUGUAAUCCCCUUUUUUUGGACCCCGUUCAUGGCAGUAUCGCUUGUUUUUAUGCUUGUUUAUGUAUGGAGUAGAGAAUUUCCAAAUGCCGUUGUCAGCUUUUAUGGACUUGUUUCACUUAAGGCCUUCUAUCUUCCGUGGGUGACGCUUGCUUUGGAUGUCAUUUUUGGUUCACCCAUAAUGCCUGAUCUGUUAGGUAUCAUUGCCGGACAUGUAUUCUACUUCUUGACAGUCUUGCAUCCUCUAGCAGGUGGAAAAAACAUUUUGAAGACUCCAAUGUGGGUACAUAAAUUGGUUGCAAGAUGGAGAAUUGGAGCCCCACCAAUUACUCGUGUUAAUAACGUCCAACAAGAGAGCAGUUCAGGAGUUUUCAGGGGAAGAUCCUACAGACUUAAUGGGUAG